AUGCCAGUGCGGACGCUACAAUGUCUGCCUGCAUUGUGUGUCAUGCUACUGCUGUCAACUGCCACAUUUUGUACGGAUGCACCGAUAUCAACAGAACUGUCAGUCAGGAAGGCUGAGAAUAACACAAACGGUAGCAAUCGGUUGCUGUUUGACGAGCUGUUCGGGUUAGGGUCCAGCGACACUUCAGAUACAGACGACGAGGUGCCUCAGAACUGUUCCUGUCAGUGCGGAGUGGCAAACCAGGAGAUCAGAAUUGUCGGCGGACGGCCGACAGGGGUGAACCGAUACCCCUGGGUCGCGCGUCUUGUGUACGACGGUAAAUUCCACUGUGGAGGAUCCCUCCUCAAUGGUGACUACGUGCUUACAGCGGCUCAUUGCGUAAGGAGGUUAAAACGCUCUAAGAUUCGAGUCUUCCUCGGCGAUCACGAUCAGUACCAGACGUCAGAAACGCCGGCCGUUAUGCGAGCCGUCUCUGCCAUCAUCAGACAUCGGAACUUCGACGUCAACACGUACAAUCAUGACAUCGCGCUGCUGAAGCUGAGGAAGCCAGUCACUUUCACGAAACGUGUGAGACCGGUGUGUCUCCCCCAUUCGGGGGUGGAUCCUGCAGGCCGCGAAGGCACUGUCGUCGGAUGGGGCCGCACUUCGGAAGGGGGCAUGCUACCAGCACUGGCUCACGAGGUGCAGGUGCCAAUUCUGAGCCUGCAGCAAUGUCGCCAGACCAAGUAUCGUCCUUCACGCAUCACAGCCAACAUGCUCUGCGCAGGAAAAGGAACGCAAGAUUCAUGCCAGGGAGAUAGCGGAGGUCCUCUCGUAGUACAAGCAGUGGAUGAUAAACUUGAAAUUGUUGGCAUAGUAUCGUGGGGCGUCGGUUGCGGACGUCCAGGUUAUCCCGGAGUUUACACGCGUGUAUCACGCUAUUCUGACUGGGUCAAGAGGAACAUGCAGGAUUCCUGUUUCUGCGUCAACUGA